AUGGCAGACGACGGUAUAGAGCUCAACUUUGCAGUGCCCGCUUCGGGAGUAGCUGUCAGGCAGGUCGCAGCGAAGAAAGGAGGGAGAUGGACUGAUCGUGUCAAGGCUAAGAGAGAUGCCAGAGACUCGUACAAGAACCUCAAGCAGACAGCUACCAAUGUCCCUAAUCCUGCUCCUGCUUCUGCUCCCGUCCCUUUUCAGCCGAAAGCUCAACCUGCUUCUGCUACUUUCGUUGCGCCUCCGAAACCGAGACCACAACCUGCUGCUUCAGAGCCUCAAGCUAGAAGUGUCAGUGCAAGUGUGAAUGCAGUAGCAGGCCCAUCAAGAUCACAACCUAGCCCCAAACCAUCUGUUUCCACAAUACAUAAACCUCGCUCAUCUCUUCCUACACCUUCUGUAUCCCGUUCGCACGCUCCUGCAAGAUCUGACGCCGGACCAUCAAGGUUACCCGCGACUUUCACCCCAGCUUCCUCUCAGCCCAAGGCUCCUCAAUUCAUAUCCUCCUUAUUCACUGCCGAACCCCUUCCUGCUCCUGCAUCUUCAUCUCAACCUGCUCAAACUGUCGGUGCACCAUCAAAUGCUCCUUUAGUGAGCGACACAUCUACAUUUGCCGGUCUAGGUAUGGAUCCCUUGUUAGUCCGACAUCUCAAGAACAAGAUGCAUGUAGAGAAUCCAACGGGUAUUCAAAGAUCUUGUUUACCUUACAUGCUCUCUUCUCCCUUGGAUCCAGAUCAGACGGAAGAUACUUCUAAACCACUUCGAGAUGUUUUGAUUCAAGCUCAAACAGGUUCGGGUAAAACGCUAUCUUACCUCUUACCAAUCAUUCAAACAUUAUUACCAUUAUCUAAACUAUCCUAUAUCGAUCGAUCUAUCGGUACUCUCGCUAUCAUCCUUGCUCCGACGAGAGAAUUGGCGCAGCAAAUAUCCAAAGUUGUCGAACAGCUAAUAUCGAUGAGUUUGACACUGGACGAGGAAGAUGAUAGACAAUUUACCAGAUGGUUAGUAUCAGGUUUAUUAACUGGUGGAUCGACUCGUACACAUGAAAAAGCAAGAUUGAGAAAAGGCCUACCUAUCUUAGUUUCUACACCCGGAAGGUUAUUGGAUCAUCUCCAGAAUACGUCAUCAUUCCAAUGUGCCAAAACGAUGUUUCUUGUGUUGGAUGAAGCGGAUCGACUUAUGGAUUUGGGAUUUGAAGAGACUAUCAAAGGUAUUUUGAAAGCUUUAGAGGGAAGAAGGAAGAACGAGAUCAAUAUUGAAAAAGAGAUGGAUGAGGAAGGAGGUGGAGGAGCGAUGAGAUGGAAUUUCUGGAAUAGAGGAAGGACUAAUAUACUCUGUUCGGCUACUGUAGAUCCAAAAGUUGAAAAAUUGUCGGGAAUGGCUCUUAGAGAUCCUAUUGUAUUCCGUUCCAACCCUGAAAAAUCGUUAUCCCAAGAUUCACUGAACAACAAUAGAAAAGAUGAUGCUGUUAAAGCUGCUAUAGAAGAAGCAGGAGCGAUCGUCAUACCUAAAGAAUCAGAAGAUAAAUUCACACCUCCAUCUCAACUUUCUCAAAAAUACGUGGUUAUACCUACAAAAUUGCGUUUGGUAGCUUUGGUGGCAUUGUUGAGAUCUUUGAUUGCCUCUGCUGCGAAGGUGGAUACGGAAAAGGGUACGAAGAUUAUCGUUUUUCUCAGUUCGACUGAUUCGGUGGAUUUCCAUUGGAAGUUACUUGGUGGAGUUCAGAUGGGCGAUAAUAACGCAUCUGCUGGAUCCGAUGAGGAAGAGGAAGAUGAAGAUGGAAACGAAAGUACAGAUGAGGUGAAUGGUGCAACCACAACCAAAUCAAGAAAAACGAAGAAAGGCAAGAAACCAUCUUCCCCUGAAUCGGAAUUGAUCACAUUAUCUUCACCUUUAUUCCCCAAUACGACCUUACAUCGAUUACAUGGUUCUCUACCUCUCAGAACACGAAUGGCCUCACUUAAAUCAUUUGCAGGCCCGUCAAGUCAACCGUCUGUAUUGUUCGCUACGUCCGUCGCGUCCCGAGGAUUGGAUUUACCUCUGGUACGAGCUGUGAUACAGUAUGAUCUACCCACUGAGGGAGGUGCCAACGAGUAUGUACAUAGAGUUGGACGAACGGCGAGAGCAGGAAAGGGUGGUGAAGCUUGGGCGUUCAUAUCGCAGAAUGAGAUUGAUUGGGUACCUUGGGUGGAAAAUAAGAUGGGUAAUGCAGAAGGAGAAGGGAAAGGGGGUGUGAAAUUGCAGCAAGUUGGUGUGGAGGAUGUUUUGAGGAAAGGAUUUGGUGGAAAGGGGUAUGAGUUUGAGAAUAGAGCUACAGAAGUUCAAUUGGGUUUCGAAAGAUGGGUAUUGGAUGGUACACAGAACGCUGCCCUGGCUCGUAAAGCCUAUUCAUCUUUUAUCCGAGCGUACUCCACGCAUCCACUAGAAGAAAAGAAAUUCUUCCAUAUAAAAUCUAUUCAUUUGGGUCAUUUGGCAAAAUCAUUUGCCCUACGAGAAGCCCCAGGUCAAUUAUCUUCUUCGUCGUCAUCCACGACUAAGAAUAAUACAAAGGUCACCAGUUCAGCGACUGCUCCUGGAAAGAAGAGGAAACAUCCUUCUGGUGAAGAUGACGAUGGGGAUGAUUCGGAAGAAGAAGUGAGAGGAGGUAAAGAAUUGACGGCUAGGAACGAGACUGAAAGAAGAAUGUAUGAAGCUGUCAGGAAACAGGGUAGGAUGAUUAAGAGUGGAGGUAAAUUGGGUGAAUUUGCUGGAUCGAACAAGAACAAGAAACAGCAUAUGAACCCUGGUGGAGGAGGGGAAUUCCAAGUCUAUGGGACGAGUGAGUUGGAGAGGAUGGUAUCUGGGAAGAAGUGA